GUGGUUCUCCCCACAGUGUGCUGUAGCCGACAGUCUCACUGCCUGAGAUUCACCAGCUUUCCCUCUGCUGCUGCUCUAUCUCCUCUGUUUGCCUUGGAAGUUACAGCAGCUGGAUUUCCAACAUCUGCUUUAGAAUAGUUCUUCCUCACUCAACACGUUACCAGGGGAAGGCAGGGAAGCCCUCCCCUGCAGCAGGCAGUAAAUGAAGUAAAUAUCUCUGCCCACUUUUUAAACGAGACCAACACCUGCCAAUUACUCUGACACGAAGAUAUGAGCCGUGGUUUUGAUAGCCCCUCCUUGGAUGCAAAGAACAGAAAGCCUGAGGUGAAGUGGGAAGUGACAACAAAGCUCCCGCAGUGAGUGAGCAUGGAUUGUGUGCUGCCCAUGUCCUGGCUGGAGGGAAAGUUGUGUGUUCCUAGAGGGUGGAAAACAAAUGUCUAUUUUCAGCCAACAGCUAAGCAGAGAGAGAAUUUUGCACAUCAUCAAAUUUAUAUGGCCAACUAUGUACCUGUUUCAUAAAAUGGAAAACUGUGAAGUCUACUGGGGAAAUCAAUGGAGCUACCUGAAUAUUUGGCUAAUUUUAUGCCUGUUCCCAAGAACCUGUGUAUCAAAUCCUCCAAAACCUAACUUUUUACUGAUACUGGCUGAUGAUCUUGGUAUUGGAGAUGUGGGUUGCUAUGGCAAUGAUACAAUAAGGACCCCUAACAUUGAUGGCCUGGCAAAGGAUGGAGUGAGACUUACUCAGCACAUUGCUGCAGCAGCUGUCUGUACUCCAAGCAGAGCUGCUUUCCUGACUGGCAGAUACCCCAUCAGAUCAGGCAUGGCAUCCAGCACUCAACGGCAGGUUCUCUUCUGGAAUGGUGGCUCAGGGGGGCUCCCACCAAAUGAAACUACUUUUGCCAGAAUACUCAGCCAGCAAGGUUAUUCUACAGCACUUGUAGGGAAGUGGCAUAUGGGUGUGAACUGCAGAACUCGCCAUGAUCACUGCCACCAUCCAUUAAAUCAUGGUUUUGAUUAUUUUUAUGGCAUGCCUUUUACCCUUGUGAAUGAGUGUCAAGGCACAGAUGACCCUGAAUUGGCCAAGUCUUUGCAAGAUACGUAUUGGUUUUACACUCAGAUGAUCAUCUUUGCAGUAUUUACUCUUGUGAUUGGAAAACUUGCCAAUUUAUUCCCAGUAAAAUGGAAAAUAAUCAUCUGCCUGGCCAUCUGUGGUCUCCUUCAUUUCAUCUCCUGGUUCUCCAGCUAUGGUUUCACCAAGUACUGGAACUGUAUCAUGAUGAGAAACCAUGAUAUCACUGAGCAACCAAUGGACCUACAAAAAACUACUUCUAAUAUGCUGAAGGAGGCAAUUACAUUCAUUGCAAGAAACAAGCAUAGACCAUUUCUUCUCUUUGUUUCCCUUUUACAUGUUCACACUCCUCUCAUCACCACAGAGAAGUUUCAGGGAAGAAGCAGGCAUGGCCUGUAUGGAGAUAAUGUAGAGGAGAUGGACUGGAUGGUGGGCAGGCUUCUGGAUGCUAUUGACAAAGAGGACUUGAAGAAUACCACAUUCAUUUAUUUUGCAUCUGAUCAUGGAGGAUUCUUAGAGGCUCGCAGGGGAAAUUCUCAGUUGGGUGGAUGGAAUGGGAUAUAUAAAGGUGGAAAAGGAAUGGGAGGAUGGGAAGGAGGAAUCCGUGUUCCAGGUAUAGUUAGAUGGCCAGGAGUGCUGCCUGCAGGGACAGUUAUCAAUGAACCUACAAGCCUUAUGGACAUUUAUCCCACAGUAGUUCAACUGGCUGGAGGGGCAGUGCCUCAGGACAGGGCCAUGGACGGGCACACCUUGCUGCCCCUGCUGCAGGGGACAGAGCAGCACUCCAGGCACGAGUUCCUGUUCCACUACUGCGGGGUGUUCCUGCAUGCAGUGCGCUGGCACCAGAGGGACAGUGGCACCGUGUGGAAAGCUCAUUAUGCUACUCCAGUAUUUCAGCCAGAAGGCUCUGGGGCCUGUUUCAGAAGAGGAAUCUGUCCAUGUUUUGGGGAUGGUGUAACCCAUCACGACCCUCCACUGCUGUUCAAUCUCUCACAAGACCCCUCUGAGGCAAAUCCUCUCUCAGCUGACACUGAGCACUUGUUUGACACUGUAAUGAGGAGAAUAAGAAGAGCUGUGGAAGAGCAUCACAAGACUCUGACUCCAGUCCCUCAGCAGCUGUCUCCUUACAAUAAUAUAUGGAAGCCAUGGCUGCAGCCAUGCUGCGGGACAUUCCCAUUCUGUUGGUGUCAUGAAGAAAAUAACAAAGCAUAGUCUAAUACCAAAGUCAAAGUACAGUUAGCUUUAAAGAAAUUGAUUUUCACAUUCACAUAACUGCAGUCAUAAAGAAAUUAAAGAUUAAAUUCUACUGGGAUAACUAGAAGGGACAUUAGUUAUUGUUUUUGUUCAACCUUUUCUCUGACCCACAGAAAUUACGUAAGCCUGUGGUUUAAAAAAAAAAAAAUUAGGGGUCAUAUGUAUAAUCUAUCCCUCAAGUGAAUAAUGCAUGAUUAAAUACCAAAUAAAUGAAUUGAAAUUUCUUUUCUUACUGACUUACAAUUCAAGCAAAUGAUGACUGAUAAAAAAGCAAUUUUUAAUACCAAAUGUUUGUGUAGGACAUAUGCUUGUUGAAAGAAAAGGACUGAACCCAAGAAGUUAUCCCUAUUCAGGCCUUAUGUUUUUAACUUGUUUCACAAAAUUGAAAGGAUGAUGACAAUGAAAAAAAUAAUGAAAAAUAAAAUUGCACAUUUAAUUUGGAAAUAUACCAAAACACAUUGGCCUCUCAGAAAUAAACUUCUAUUAGUUUACAGCAAUUUUUUGCUUCAUCGUCUGUACAUUAAUCUAUCAUGUAAGAAUUUCCAGGGAAAACUGAACUGACAAAUAUGUUUUAAAAAAUUAGAUAGCUAAAGUUAGCAUCUCAAGAUCAGCAGCAAAGUACCCAGCUAUUCUGAAAAGUUAAAACACAGUAAUUCCUACAGGUGUUUUCCACAUAGCUAGUCAUCUCACUCUUGAACACCUUGAAAAUCAUCACCCUGCUGCCUUGAGAAGACUGCAGAAUUUGGGACCUUCUAUGAGACCAAUUCACAAGCCUGCAUGUCCCACUUGAGUGACAAAGCCUCUGAUUUCAUAGGAGUGCCAUUAUGCCCCAUGAAAAAUACUCUUUGUUUUGUGAAAAAACACUUUGUUUUCAGUAGGAGGUGUUAAAAAAAUUCACCUCACAAUGUAAUCUCUUCUGUGUACAGGUCAUCUUUCCAAAGUCAAACAACUGUCAGCACUCCUUACAGUCAUUAGGGAAAAGGAGGGAAUUAAAUUACCUAAUCCUCUCUUGCUGCUCUUAGGUUAAAUAAAUUCAUCUCUCAAGAUAUAAUCCUAACCAUGCUCUUGCAGGGAUUUUGUGCCAAAUCAGAUUUUCAAGUGGAGGUUCUUGUAUUUUUUUCACUCCCAAAAAAGUAGAUUGUGAUCAAGAGACUCAGAUUCAAACUUCUAAAUUUUCCUGAACACUGUAUAUGCAACUCCUACUAUACAGGUAACAGUCACCCAGCCUUUAAAAGUAUCAAGGGAUGGUAAGAGCUGCAGAGCAGGUACCUCAGGGGACGUGUUUCCUUAAAGCUUGCUGUCUCAAAGAGCCACUCCAGCACAGCUCUACUCAGGACCAAGGUUGCCUGUGUGCCAUUUUUUGCUGUUUAUAAGCAGGAAGAGACAAGAAGACCCAUAGCAGGUCCCUCAGCUCCUGAGCUGCCACAGCAGGUCCCUUUCACCAACUUGGGAACAGAGGAGAGUGUAUGCCUGGACUGUGCACCCUUUGCAGUGUCCCAGGGAACUCCUGAUUCACAUCAGGAGUGCUGGGUCAGGGGUGUAGUGACUUGCUGCUGUUUAAGCAGCAUAGGUUGUGAUCAUGAUGCAGCACCAAAUGCAAGUCUCCAAAAAGCUGACCAGGCAUUUCUCCAAGUUAUUUACCAUUUCACCUUUUCUCCAAAAGAUCACCAACAGUUAUAUUGAAAAUGUUCCAUGUAAAUCAAAGGGCACACAUGACAGUGAACUGAUAAGAUGCCUCAAUGUCACAAUUGACAGAAGUAUUUAAAAUGUGUUUGUUCUUACUUCUUGAUAGAGCUUAAAUCUGCACUAACAUUGCUGCAAACUCACCAGAUUUGCCACUUUUCUGUGGCUGACAGGGACUGAAACCAGAGCAGCUGCAUUUCACUGGAUUCAUGCAGGGAGAAAAGAGCAUAAAAGACCACACAUUUUAAAGCCAUUGUGGCUGAUUCAGAGUUGGAGGACAAAUCCUACUGCUCAGCAAAGCCAAAAGCUGUCAAGCCAAUCAGUUCAGCAGCAUCUACAUUAUCAGUUAAGAACAAGGAUAAUUUUUUUCUCAGUUCACUUCACUGGCUUCCCCACUCACCCACUCCAAUCAUUAGGUUAGAUAUCAGGAAAAAGCUUUUCACACACAAGGUGGUUGAGCAGUGGAACAGGCUCCCCAUGCAAGUGGUCAGAGCACAAAGCCUGUCUGAGUUCAAAAAGCAUUGGGACAAUGCUCUCAGGCACACGGUGUCACUCUUGGGAAGUCCUGCACAGGGCCAGGAGGUGGACCCAGUGAUCUUGCUGGGUCUCUUCCAACUCAGCAUGUUCUGUGACUACACACAGGAAUAUGCCCAGUCCCACACUGAGCAUUUACCAGGGAAUGGGAUGGUGCUCAGCACCCAGUCAGCAUGCAAGCAUAGAUCCAAACUUUAGGAGGCCAGACUAGGAAGGCCAGUACAUCAGCCAAGACCCAGGACUCCAUCUCUAAACACAGUGUGAAAAAAUCACCCUGUGUAAAUGUAAACAUUAAACAUUUGUCUAACACCUCAUUCCUCUGAAAAUUAAAUUUGCUGAACUGCUGUGGAGUCAGAUGCUAAGGGGUCACAUUGAUGUUCACAUUGGCUUUCUGACAUCCAAACAGGUAAUUUCAUCUUGGCUGGCAUCUGUGGAAAACCAGAGAUGCUUUCAGGCAGGAGGAGGAAAAACUAGGGCAAGCAUCAUAGAGAAUCAGCUUUUGUCAACUGUUAAGAGACCUCAGCCAGGUACAGGGAAAUGUGCUUUUCCCACACAGAGAGGGAGAGGGCAGACACUGCACACAGAGGAUCUGCAGGUGAGAAGGAGAGUAAAGUAAUGGGAAAUUGCUGAAUAGGAUGCACAUCACUUCAGAAAAUGGGGGGACAGAAGAGACCACUGUUUUCACUCCUAAGUUCCUUUCACUGUCUAAAGCUAAAUGUAUCUUAAGAUGUACAAAUUUUGAGGAGACAGUGGUAAGCAGGAAAAGGAGGCUAAUUUUACCUGAUUCAUGCAGAUCCUAGCCAUGGAUUGGUUGCAAAUUUCUUUGUCUGUAUACACUUUAACAAGAAUAAAUCCCUGCAUAAGCUGUUCUUCUGAUCUUCUGGCAAAUGUAUAUUCCCAGUAGAGCAGAUGAACCCAACAUCACAUUCGAGUUUUCCUCAUGAUCUCUUUCAGAGAAAAUGCAUUAAUAGGCAAAAAAUCUUUCACAAAACCUUCUUGAAUAACACUGGAAGGAAGGAACUCUUAAUUCAGUUCUGUAGGUUUCCUUGAAAAAUCAUCUAUAAUGAUAUUUUUCAAAAUACAAGAAUAAAGCCUAAAUUCUAUGCUUUCUUCCUUUUCUCAUGGUUUCUCCAUUUGCAAAAAGGCACAACUACAUAAAAUGGCCAGCUGGGGAAACCUGAGACAACUUCCCAGUCUCCAAGCCAUUGUUAGCCAUACAAGAAUGUGCCUACAAAUGGUUUAACAGAGACACCACAGAGAGGGAAAUAUUACUCUGUAACAAAUGAAGUUUGUUUUAGUGAAAGAGCUGUAGUUGUACUGUGUAAAUGUUUGACAUUCAUGUUGUAUGAAGCUGACUUCCACUUAACUCGUUUGAUCAUUGUUAAAUGACAUUUGGAAUUGUUGCAUUAGGCUGACUCAACGGAGUAAUUGCCAAGUCUCACAGGAGUGAGACAAUAAGCUUCUAAGAAGCCUCACUUCACCAUGUUUAAAUAUUAGACAGUUGCUUUGCUCCCUGCUGGGGCUCAAGGGAAUGCCAGCACACACAUCAUAAGAUCCCAUCCUCUAAGGAUGCAGAAUCGUUGUGUAACAAACAAACUGAGAAAAGUAAUUUGAGCUCAAAAUUUAUCCAGCUUGACAUUCCCAAGAACUCUGAGUAAAUUUGACAGACAUUAAAUGAAUGACCAAGGAGUAACAAAAACUCUUUUGUUCACAACAGAUUGUAGGUUAAUAUACACACACUCAGGCACGUAUAUGGUGUUGAACUCAAUAUGACACUAGAAGAUUUUUGUAGGAUGUUUUGAUUGUAAUGUUACAUCUAAUCAACUCCAUUAAAAAACUCAGAUUUAUUCAAAACCUCAUUUCUUAUUGAAUCACCAUACUACUGCAUUACUAAGAUUUUUUGAAUGUCAGAAAAGAAAACAACAAAUAGAAUGCCAGAAAAGAACAAAUUGCAACUCCCCAUGUUGAGAUAAAUGGGGUUACUAGAGGAUCCAAACAACCCUGGCUUCUGCUCUGCCAUUUGUGUAGAAGCUGUAAGUAAAAGGUUUGGAAACAGAAAGAAUUUAUGGAGGUUUGAAAAGAAAAAAAAACAACCAGCCUCUAAACUAAACAAAACAUAAAACAGGUACCAAACCAUGACAUGCAAUUAGUUCUGUUCCAAGUACUUAAUCCUAUGAGAAGGCUCUGAAAAUACUAUUGCUCUAAAAUUAACAAAUUGUUUCAUGUAUUUAUCAUUGUUCAGAAUGAUGCACAGUGCCAUAAAAUUGAACAAACACUUCUCCAAGGCAGUGAAUGUUAUGCCAUCCUGGAAAGUAUUAAGAUAAUCACAUCUCAGAGACUGGCUGUCUUGGAAUUUUAGGGGUUUUAUCCCUCCAGUUUGUUGAAGUUGAAAGGGUUCUGACAACAGUCAGAGUAAAAUUCCAGAAAAAAGUUCUUACAACUGUAUUUUUUCCCUUUAUUAAUAUAACUCUCAGUUUUCUAGCAGUUAUUAUUUAUAACUUUAAGUCAAUUAUAUAUUACUGUAUUUUUUUAUCUACUUCUGCUAUAAUUAUGGUAUGAUGUUACUACAAACCAAAAGUUUAUACCGGGAUACAAAACAUAACUUGAGUGUCACAACACAAAAUAAACUAUUUAUGAGCCACCCAACUUAGGAUGAACAUAAUUUCAGUGAAACAUUUUGCAACCAAUAUACUGACAAUGUAGACAACUUCAAUGAGCAGUCUUAACUGACAACUAUUUUUGGAGGCUAUUAAAGAAUUUACUACCAUGCAUUUAAUCUCAUUUAUUGGGUGGAUAAAAAUCAACCAAACAAGCAAAAAAAUUCAAAACCAAUAAAAAUUCAAACCACAGAAACAAAAUUCCAAAAUAAUGAAUAAGAAAACUGAGGGAAACUGGAAUGUAAGAUUUGAAUUAAUGGAAUAUGAAUUAAGGAAACAGGUCCAUUUAAUGUUAUGUUCAAAGCCAUAGGAAUCAAACCAGUUUAGAUUAGGAAAGCAAGAGAACCAGAUCCAUUAAGGAAUAAAUAGGCAUACUGCAGACUUACUGGUGAACAAGCUGUUUGUAGGAGCACACAAAAGUAUCAAUCACCAGCUACUAGCCCAGCCUCCCAUUCAUGGACAGAAAAAUCAAGAUGAAGAAAAUCAAACAAAACAAAGUAUUUUUUCAAGUACCAGCUUUAGAAAAAUCAUUGCUGACUGAUAUAGAGAGACAAAGAAAAUUAUUUCCCAAGAACAACCCAGAUGGAAAUAUCCUCACAAAACGCUAGGCAGUAAGCAAAGUGGUAUUCCAAGAACACAAAUCUCCUUUUCCUGUAGGCUAAGAAAGUGCAUAAACCCACAUGUCUAAAAUUUUCAAGAAUUUUUCUUGUGGAACACCCACACUAUCUCCUUAUACAUAAGGAGCACCCAAUAAAAUGGUUGUAUGGCAAAUAAAAGCUGUGAAUAACUCCAAGCACAUGACAGAAGAAUCAGCAAGUUCUGUUUUAAACACAAGUUGUCCUCUCUAAAUACAAAGUCUACCACACAACAGUAAGUCAUAGUCUGGCCUUGUUUAAAGAUUAAUAGUGGCACCAAAAUGUUUACAUUUCUUAACUUUCUUUAUCUCAAAAACACUUGAGGCUAUACCACAGUUUAAUCUGGGAAAGAAAUUCUAGGUGAAGCUUGGUAAGACUUUUUUCCCCAAGAUACAUUUCUACUUUGCAAACCUCUGUGCUGUG